AUGGUGCGUACUUUUAUUGUGAAACAUCCCAUGGAAAAGGCAGUGUUCCCGGUUUUCCCUGCGCGCCUUGACUCCAUGGAUUAUUAUGACUCCAGCUCAGGGGCAGAGGAGGGGGCGGAGUUGGGUGUUGCCUCUGCUAAUAACCUCUCCUCCACCGCGCGCAUCACCAUGGGAGUCGAAGGCUGCACCAAAUGCGUCAAAUACCUGCUCUUCUUUUUCAACUUCAUCUUUUGGCUUGCCGGAGGUGUGAUCCUGGGCGUGGCCUUAUGGCUGAGGCAGGACCAGACAACCAGUACCAUUUUGGGCAUCGAGUUUGAAGGCGUGCAGGCUCCCAACACGUUCUACAUCAGUCUCCACAUUCUGAUUGCUGUUGGGGCUGUGAUGAUGGUCGUCGGAUUCCUCGGAUGCUACGGUGCUAUCCAGGAGUCUCAGUGUCUUUUGGGAACUUUCUUCGCCUGCCUGGUCCUCCUGUUCGCUUGUGAGGUUGCAGCUGGAAUCUGGGGCUACAUGAACAAAGAAACGGUGUCGAAGGAGAUAAUCAACUUCUAUGACUCGAUCUACAACCAGGCCAUUAAACCAGACUUCAUCGGACAGGACGAGAGCAAGAAGGCGACCCUCACCACGACCCUCAAAAUCUUCCAUGAAGCGCUCCAAUGCUGUGGUAAAGGUGGAGCCGAUGCGUUGUUCUCAAUCUUCACUCAAGCUUCAGGCACCAGCGAAGUCUGCCCCAGUUCUUUUACCACUGUCAGCUGCCAUGCUAGAAUCAACGAGUUGUUCUCUGACAAGAUUUAUCUCAUUGGAAUUUCUGCACUUGUAAUUGCAGUCAUCAUGAUCUUUGAAAUGAUCUUCAGUAUGGUGCUGUGCUGUGGGAUCCGCAACAGUCCGGUCUACUAA